GACAAAUGGGGCGGAACCGAAUGAAAGAGGAGACACAAAAAAAGCGAUGCACCGAAAGGAUGAAUUAGGAGGGAAAUGAAUGUUGAAAUAUGCCCAUUGCCCUUUUGCGUUCACCUUUGACCUUUGACCUGCUGAUACUUUCCUCCUUUUUGCCUGACAACCACUCUCCGGCAUUUCCUGCCCUCCUUGCGAACAUAGAGGUGUCCGCUUGGAGACGUUGAGCCUGAGCGCCAUGCGUUGGAAUGAAUUAUGCCGUCUUUAUCAGAAAGGCUGGAGUGGAAAGCUGCCAUGACAUCAGCCAGAGGACAGCAGGAUUCUGGGCCUGGGACAGGAAGUGACUCACAGGAAGUGAGCUGAGCAACAUGUGGAUGCGUGGCUUUUUGAUGUGUUUUGAGCUACUCCACAGACGCUCCGUUUCCAAGUGUGCUGGACGUCAUCGUACGGACGCUUCACAGAAAGGCGUAGUGAACCUUCUCUCAAAUUAGCGUGCCGCUGUGGGAUAACAAAGGCCUUCCGAUCCGCCACAGACCCUGUCCGAACUUCAGCGUCCCUCUGGCACGGGGCCAGCAGUCAUAUUCCAGCUCGGUCGGGUUCCCCUCAUCAAAGGUAACAUGCUUUAUUAUAAAAAAAAAGUUAAUGUUUUUUGAAGCAUGGCAUGACAUUAACCCUCAGCCGUGCCAGGAAGAUUCCUUUGGCCAUUCAUGAAGAAGAGAGGGACAGGUGACUCUAUCGAGGGGCAUGGAGGUCAGAUGUCACAGCUGAGGAAAGUCAGACUGAAACCAUUACUAUUAGACAAAUCCAUGGACGUCUGCUUAGUCAACAGCACGUUCGAAGACCUCCCUGAAUCUGCUGGUACCCCUUCCACCUGAUGUUCAGAGACCACCUUACAGAGGAAACAGGAAGAGGUUAUGCUCAGAACAUACUUCAGACUGCCUGUGGAUCUGUUAACGUGGAUGUGAGCCAUGCAGCGUUUUUAAAGACAGAAGAGAAACUCAAUGAGAGGAGACAGAGGUCCUAUUUAAAAAUCUUCUUCAUUGACCCUUACAAUUUUCCAACAAUGCUCUUGAGCUGAGAAUAGAGGCCUACGACAUGAGACAUAACAGCACCUGCUCUUACUUGUCUCCAAACAGUGAGGUGUCUCCAGAUAAAAGUCAGUCACCAUCAGAUUAAUCACUAAAGCCACCAGGGAAGAUGCUGUCCGAUCAAACACGUCUGUUUGUGUAGCGUGUCUGGGACCACCUGCAUGUGCGAGCUCCUAAACUGUACAAAUGGCAAUGACGAAGACCAUGAUGCAACACACAUGUCAUGAUGAUCCCUAAUGCGACAGUAAUUGCUCCUUGAUGCUUGGCUUGCCAGCACAGAGCAGGACCUUUCUCCCAUGAGUCAGAGAGAAAAGACUCCGAAAUUGGAAUGUCAACGGGAUAAUCCUUAUGUUGCUGCUGAUGGAUCCUCUUGACCUUUGACUGCCAAAUAUAAGGCGGCGCGUAAACACAAAGGAGGUGUUGCCGGAGGCGUUCGGCUCUUUUGAAGAUGACCGCAGAUGAAUUCGGCAUGCCAUCCGACAGAAAAAGGGCAGAAUCAUGGCCACUGCGGCCGAGUACGGACACAACUCCUGGGAACUCACCAUCCAGGUGGACCAGCGCGAGGGAGAUGAGGGCAUGAAGUUUAAAUUGCGGGUCAAGGGGGAUCUCCACGUCGGGGGUCUCAUGCUCAAACUUGUGGAGAAGAUCAAGGCUCCUCAGGACUGGUCCGAUCAUGCCAUCUGGUGGGAGCAGAAGAGCUGCUGGCUGCUGAAGACUCACUGGACUCUGGAUAAGUAUGGAGUCCAGGCGAACGCUGACCUCCGCUACACUCCGCAACACAAACCCCUCUGUAUCCAGCUGCCCAACAUGAAGACCAUCAGGCUCCCUGUUAGCUUCUCUGGUGUGGUCUUCAGAGCCGUGGUUGAGAUCUGCAAAGCACUCAACAUUAGAAGAUCUGAAGAACUUUCUCUUCUGAAACCACUAGAUGAUCCAAAGAAGAAAAAGAAAAAAGAAAAGGGCACAGAAUCAGCCAUUGAUGAUAUAUUAAACAUGGACAUCACCAGCGGAGGAGCCCUUGGUCUGUACAGUAAAACUAUGACUCCGACCUAUGACCCGGAGAGCGGCUCUCCUGCAUCGUCCACCAGUCUGUGGUUCGGAGACAGUCCCCUGACGGCCAGCCAGCCCAACCUUCCACCAGAGGAACUGGCCAAACUGUACAAGCCUCUUACUAUGGAGGACAAAGCAGCCAUUAAUGCUGGGUGGCUGGAUUCCUCUCGCUCACUGAUGGAACAGGGAAUUCAGGAAAACGACAGACUCCUGCUGCGAUUCAAAUACCACUGCUUCUUUGACCUCAACCCAAAGUAUGAUGCUGUGAGAAUCACACAGUUGUAUGAACAGGCCCGAUGGGCCAUACUGCUGGAGGAGAUCGACUGCACUGAAGAAGAGAUGAUCAUGUUUGCAUCCCUGCAGUAUCACAUCUGUAAACUGACCUUGUCAACGGAGCCACUGACCAAUUUCAGUGAACCAGAGAUUGAUGAAGUUGAGGCUGCGCUCUCAAACUUAGAAUCCACCCUGGAAGGACGGAACGCUGAUAAAAUCCUGGAAGAUAUCACUGAUAUUCCAAAGCUGGAAGAUAAACUUAAACUGUUUAGGCCCAAACGAUUGACGUUAAAGCCGUAUAAGGAGUACUGGUUUGUUUUUAAGGACACCACCAUUUCUUAUUUCAAAAACAAAGAGUCUGCCAAUAAAGAGCCCAUCGAGCAGCUCCAUCUACGAGGAUGUGAGGUCAUUCCUGAUGUCAACGUCACCGAGAGGAAGUUCGGCCUUAAGCUGUUAUUGCCAGCAGCUGACGGAAUGAAUGAGAUUUAUAUUCGCUGUGACAAUGAGACGCAGUACGCCAAGUGGAAAGCUGCCUGUAUUUUGGCCUCUAAAGGAAAGACGAUGGCUUACAGCUCAUACCGCACCGAGGUGAAGAACAUCCAGUCUUUCCUGCAGAUGAAGAGUCUAGCGCCCCCUCCUGGCCAGGCAGCACCUGACGUAGAGUCCAUGGAGAUGAACGCCGAGUGCUUCGUUUCUCCCCGAUAUGCAAAGAAAUACAAGACCAAACAGCUGACCACACGAAUCUUGGAGGCCCUUCACAAUAUUUCCCACCUUUCCCUCAUGGAGGCUAAAAUGCGUUUUAUCCAAGCCUGGCAGUCCCUGCCCGAAUUUGGCAUCAAGUACUAUAUCGUCAGAUUCAGAGGGAGCAAGAAAGAUGAGCUCCUGGGAAUUUCCUCCAACAGGCUGAUCCGCAUCGACAUGUCGACUGGUUUGCCGGUGACCACCUGGAGGUUCUCCAGCAUGAAGCAAUGGAACGUCAACUGGGAGAUUAAACAGGUGGCCAUUGAGUUUGACCAGAGCGUGUCCAUUGCGUUCUCCUGCCAGAGCUGCGACUGUAAAGUGGUUCACGAGUAUAUCGGAGGAUACAUCUUCCUUUCAACGCGCUCAAAAGACCAGAACGAAACAUUAGAUGAAGAACUCUUCCACAAACUCACGGGAGGACAAGACUGACCUCAAAUCAACACGUCAGGACUCUGACAUGGCCCUUAGUGUUGCAGAAAAGCAAUUUGUAUAGUUUUUUAAAUCUGCCUAAGUUGUUUUAUAUUUGUAUUAAGACACACACAAGCCUUGUGCUCAAAACGGAAAAUAAACCAGAUUAUUCAAUGUAUAUUUUGGAUCUGAUACAAUACAUUUGCUGACUCUUGACAUCUCUAUGAGUUGUUUUUUCAUCUGAACAAUAUACAAAAUUUACAGUGCAUAUUUCCAUACAAGAAUUUUUGUGAUAGAUAUGGGAUACAGUACGGUUACGGUGGGGUUCGAAUUUGAAUUGUAGGUUUCUUUGAAGUACUAACAAAGUGCUUUCUACAUUGUUUUGAAUGUUUGAAUGUUAAAUGAGUUUACAUUAAAUGCAUCACCAAAAUAUCUAGGUGCUUAUGGCUUGUUUUCUGGAAAAAUAAAUAAAUUUGCAAUUUAAUUGUUACUUUUAAAUUUAAGUUUACAUUUUGUUAAAUGUGAUUUUAUUUUCAUUAUAUUGACUGGAAAAUCUUAAAAUAGUCUAAAUUAAUCUUCACUUCCAUUA